AUGGCCGCCGCUCGUGCCCGGGCAGUGCACUUGCUGAGGCUUCUGCAACGCGCAGCAUGCCAGUGCCCAAGUCAUUCUCAUACUUAUUCCCAAGCUCCUGGGCUUUCACCUUCUGGGAAAACAACAGAUUAUGCCUUCGAGAUGGCUGUUUCAACUAUUAGAUAUGGAGCAGGAGUUACAAAGGAAGUGGGCAUGGACUUACAAAACAUGGGUGCUAAAAAUGUUUGUUUGAUGACAGACAAGAACCUCUCCCAACUCCCUCCUGUACAGACAGCGAUGGAUUCCCUAGUGAAGAAUGGCAUAAACUUUAAGGUUUAUGACCAUGUGAGAGUGGAACCAACUGAUACCAGCUUCAUGGAAGCCAUUGAAUUUGCCAAAAAGGGAGCUUUCGAUGCCUUCCUGGCUGUGGGUGGCGGUUCCACCAUAGACACCUGUAAAGCCGCUAAUCUGUAUUCGUCCAGUCCUGACUCUGACUUCCUAGACUACGUCAAUGCCCCCAUUGGGAAGGGAAAGCCUGUGACUGUGCCGCUGAAACCUCUGAUCGCAGUUCCAACUACCUCAGGCACCGGGAGUGAAACUACCGGAGUUGCCAUUUUUGACUACGAACACUUGAAAGUAAAAACUGGCAUUGCUUCGCGAGCCGUCAAACCCACACUGGGCCUGAUUGAUCCUCUGCACACCCUGCACAUGCCUGGGCGGGUGGUCGCCAACAGUGGCUUCGAUGUGCUCUGCCACGCCCUGGAGUCCUACACUGCCCUCCCGUAUCACAUGCGGAGCCCCUGCCCUUCAAGCCCCAUCACUCGGCCAGCCUACCAGGGCAGCAACCCCAUCAGCGACAUCUGGGCAGUCCACGCACUGCGGAUCGUUGCCAAGUAUCUGAAGAGGGCUGUCAGAAAUCAUGAUGAUCUUGAAGCAAGGUCUAAUAUGCACUUGGCAAGUGCUUUUGCUGGCAUUGGCUUUGGAAAUGCUGGUGUUCAUCUAUGCCAUGGAAUGUCUUACCCAAUUUCGGGCUUAGUGAAGACGUAUAAAGCAAAGGAUUACAAUGUGGAUCAUCCCCUGGUGCCUCAUGGCCUUUCUGUGGUGCUCACGUCCCCUGCAGUGUUCACGUUUACAUCACAGAUGUUUCCUGAGCGGCACUUGAAAGUGGCAGAGAUAUUGGGCGCUGACACCCGCACUGCCAGGAGGCCAGAUGCUGGGCCUGUCUUGGCAGACACGCUGCGGAAAUUCUUAUUCGAUCUGGAUGUGGAUGACGGCCUGGCUGCCAUUGGCUACUCCAAGGCCGACAUACCCGCUCUGGUGAAAGGAACGCUGCCCCAGGAGAGAGUCACCAAGCUUGCACCACGCCCUCAGUCAGAAGAGGAUCUAUCUGCUCUGUUUGAAGCAUCAAUGAAACUGUAUUAA